AUGUCCAUCCUCGCCCGUAUACCCAAGUCGCCCACCCAGCUGCCCAGAGCGGCACUCGCACUACAGGGAAGGAGACAUCGGUCUGCGCCUGCGUAUCCUGGGCAUAUCCCCCUCAACGCCUUCGAGAACGCAUUCCUUGCGGUCGGAUCGGGCAUCACAGCGCUUCUCAACCCUAGGCGGGGUGAUAUGGUCGCUGCGCUGGGAGAGACGACCGGUCAAUGCGCCUUACCAGGUUUAUUGGACAAGAUGCUCUCCUCCCCCGAAGGACGGCGUGUGCUCAAAGCCCGCCCACGAGUGAACACAGACACCGUCUCCCUCCCCUCCCUCCGCGCGUUGCCCGCAAACACCUUCGGCAACACGUACGUAUCCUGGCUCGACCGCACGGGCGUAACACCCGACACCCGCUCACAGGUACACUACAUCAACGACCCCGAACUCGCGUAUGUCAUGCAGCGUUACCGGGAGUGUCACGAUUUCUACCACACGCUGUUCGGCUUCCCCGUCAGUGUGCAGUAUGAGCUCGCGCUCAAGGUCUUCGAGGCUUUGCAUUUUGGACUGCCGAUGGCGUACAUGUCUGCCUUGCUUGGCCCGCUGAGGGUGAAGAGCGAACUUAAGGCUAUGCUCUUGAGGGACUAUGUGCCAUGGGCGAUGAGAGUCGCGGCGGAGUGCAAGCCGCUUAUUACGGUGUAUUGGGAAGAGAGAUGGGAGCAGGAUCUGGGGGAGCUCAAGGCCGAGCUUGGGGCUUGGGAUCCCCCUGUGGAGGCGAAGUGGGGAAAGAAGCUUACAGAGUCGGAUAGGGAGGCGGCAAGGAGGGCAAAAGCUGCUGCUGCUGAGAGCGCGGGGGACGCGUCUGUCUAGCAGCGCUUGAUCUUACUGU